AGUGCACGGGUUGUCAUUUCAGUUUUAGCUUGUUAGCAAAUAUUAAAGGCUACACGUGACGUAGGCAGAAGCCGUUCAAGUGCGAUCCGCAAACGUGCAAGUCUAAGGUUAACUAUAGCAUUACGCUUUACAUUUUAAGUAGCUAGCUAACAGCCUACUCAGUUGACUUGUUAAGCAUUGCGUACAUAUCACGUUGCAUCGACCGUUUUUUUUUCCGAGAAAAAAAAUUGCUAUCUUACUUGGUGACUAGCAAGCUAGUUUCUUUUGAAACCCAAAAUGAAAGCUCGUUGCGUCGCUUCGGAGGGAAGAACAACUGACAUGUCACGCAGACGACAGCAGUAGAGGUGGUUUCGGUUGCUGUUUAGCUAAUGUUUUAGUGCAGCUAUGAACAAGAGCUGCGAGAGAAGUAUGGAACAGAAUCAGGACUCAAAGAAGCCAGAAGCUUGCUUGGAAAGGGCAUUUAUCUCGUUGACCGUGGACGAUGUGUAUGAAAUUGCAAAACUAAUAGGGUCCGAGGUGGAAAAGCUAAUUGACGUCUAUGGCAAAGAAAGCGCGGAGGGCUUGGUGCCGAAAAUAGUCAAAGUUUUGGAGCUGCUGGAGAGUUUCGCUGCGAGGAACCACGUACACAGCUCCAAAGAAGAGGAGCUUUUAAAGGCGUUCGAGACGCUACAGGUACAGCAGCAGAAGAAACGAGGUGUCAAAGAAUCCGAGGACAGCAGUAAUAAUAACGAAAUAAGGCAGGAGCUCCAGCAGAAGGAGGAGAAAUGGAGGCGAAGGGCGGAGGAGCUGCAGGCCCAGGUGCUGCACCUGCAGGAGGAGAACCAGGAACUGCUGUGUCAGCUGAGGAGUCAAAGCCAGGGAGACCGUGUCCAGAGGCAGGAGAGGGAGGUGAUGUUGAAGCUGAAGGAGGUGGUGGAUAAACAGAGAGAUGAGAUUCGGGCCAAAGUGCAGGAGAUCGCGACCGUGUCGAAGGAGGUGGAGGCGCUGCAGGAGCAGCUGGAGCGCUUUAUGAAGAUGAACGCAGAGCUGAGGCACAAGCAGAGCGUGACACAGGCACAGGUGAAGAGCGCUGUGGAGAGAAAGGCCGACCUGGAGACCGACCUGCGCGAGAAGCACAAGGAGAUCGAGCGCCUGACCGCCCAGCUGGAGAAAGCCACCGCUGCCAGCGCUGUGCCUCAGCAGGCCAGCCCAGGGCACACAGAGCUGGAUCUCACAGACAAACUGAUCAUUGACCUGAAGGACCCCAACCGGCCCUGCUUCACCAAACAGGAAGUGCGGGACAUGCUGUUUGAGAGGAAUGAGCUGAAAGCCAACCUCUUCCUGGUGCAGGAGGAGCUGGCGUACUACCAGAGGGAGAUCCUUAAUGAUGAGAGGUGUCCAGGCUUUCUGCUGGAUGCAGUGCGCUCUGCCAUCAAGAAGCAGAGGACUGUAAUCAAGGCCAAGAUGCUGGGCAUUCCUGUGGAUCAGUGCAGCAGCGACGAGGAUGACAAGGGACCGCUAUUCGAGAGCAGGGACGAAACUGACGGUGACUGCCCUGAUGGGAACACAGAGGCCCCCUCAGAGUCCCGCAUCCGAAACCUGUUUGGCUUCUUCACGCGCUCUGGCAGCGGACGGAGCCCCGCACAUCAGAACACGGCAUCCUCCUGGGAGAUCAUCGUCCCUGAGGAGGAGGUGGAGCCACCGCCCAGGAAGGUGGAGCCACACCCCUCUCCCUGAAGCCCUGCCCCCCUGGGUCAUGUGACUGCUCCUGUGUGGCAGCGCUACAGUCGUGUGGGCUCCCAGCCUCUCAGGCACUGCCUGCCGCAUCACAUUACUUUUAUAUUUUUAAUAUGUAUUUGUAUUCAAAGAUGUACUCAACCUGUUUAGGAAAGUAUGAUAGGUAAUAUGUUUUAUAUAUAACCCAUGUUAUAUAUAUCUUUUGUUGAUUGAAAAAAUAGUGUUGAUACACCCAGUAACCAAAGAUACCAAGUUGUAUUCCCUUGGAAAACCAAAAUCUGAAAAGGUGACUGUUGGUUCAUCUUUGUGCCACAAGAGGGCAUUAGAAUACUUCAAUGCCGGCAGCUUGUUAUUAACAAAACUUAAUUUUUUGGGACUGUGAUCUGCUUAAAAACAAUAGUUAAUUUUAUAUCUCUACAGUAUUUAAUAUUGAUGUGGUAAUGUUUCCAUAUUUAUGAGCACUUGGAGAGAAUACUCCCAGCAUGCCUUGUAAUUGUGAUAAUACUCCAUAGCUGAUGUUAUUCAGAGUUUGUUGUGUGUGUGGACAGUGUGGGUCUCUCACUGGAAGAGUGAGUGUGUGGGCUCAUUGAUGCUCCCUUCAUUGUCAUUCACUCUGGCAAAUAAGGUGUGAUUCUGUUAUGGUUAUUUUUGAUAUUUUACUGUGAUUUAUGUAAUGAUGUAAUUGCUUGAGUGUAUGUAUGAUACUCGAGAGGUGGUGGAGAUGGACAGAUUCCCCUAGAUAAUUGUGCUGAGCUUGUUUUUAGAUGUUCCAAAUGAUUGACAUGUGUGUCAGAUUAAGGAGGGUCACCCAUCAUCAGCUGUUUUUGCUGAAGUAUGUUACCUCAUGCCCUUAAGAUUCAGUUAUAUACAGAUUUAAUGUACUCUGUACUUUUAGUUAUUAAGAGACCAGAAAUCAUUAAGGAAUCAUUUGAUUUCAUGUGAAAUGCCACAAAGGCUGAGCCACCGCAUGAAUAAUGCUAAUAAUACUGCAUCUCCUGGUAGUGUCUAGCCAGCCUGUCUGCCUUUGAUAAGGAGCCUCGGCUGGUCUCAGCACUCGAAGGGGAAAUCUGAGUUUCCUUGAGGGGAAAUGAGAGAGUGCAAUCAUGGUUCCCGCACCUACCCUCCUCCCUCCCACCCCUCCCUCUUCAGGUAGAAUGAAGGGAAAUGGGACAAUAAGUAUCCAUGACCCUCCUGCCGAUGCGUCACUUCUACUGUCAGAUAUCUUACAAUAGAGUGCUGCCUCCCCUUUAUAAAAUACUUUCCUAUGUAUGUUUUAUUUUUGUAAGGAUUGUACAAUGUCUAUUUUUAAUGGGAAGCUUUGUAUGGUACUGUAUCAGACCUCAAUAAAGCCAGAUGAA